UCAGAAAAUUUAGUAAGUAAAUACCUUAUUUUAUAAAAUUUUGAAGUGUACUUCGUAAGGCGUUAAGGAUCUAAUUAAAUCCCCAGCUCACAGCUUUUUACGCGUGAAGAAAAGCAGUAUUGUACGAAAUAACUGUUCAUUAUGUCAGUUUUGAAUCAAAGCGGUGAAGAGCAAGUGGAAUGCCCACUUUGCAUGGAACCACUAGAAGUUGAUGACCUGAACUUUUUUCCUUGUACCUGUGGUUAUCAGAUUUGCCGUUUCUGUUGGCACAGGAUUCGAACAGAUGAGAAUGGUCUUUGCCCAGCUUGUCGUAAGGCAUAUUCCGAAAAUCCAGCAGACUUUACGCCCCUAUCAAAGGAACAGGUGGCCCAAUUAAAAGCGGAAAAGCGCCAAAGAGAUCAACAGCGCAAAGCCAAACUUAGUGAAAGUCGUAAGCAUCUGGCCAAUGUUCGAGUGGUGCAAAAGAAUUUGGUAUUUGUGGUGGGUUUACCCAUGAGAUUGGCCGAUCCCGAAAUCCUUAAGAGGCACGAGUAUUUUGGUAAAUUUGGCAAAAUUCACAAGGUGGUCAUUAAUCAAUCCACGUCUUAUGCAGGCUCUCAGGGACCCAGUGCAAGCGCUUACGUAACGUAUAUAAAGAGUGAUGACGCGUUACGGGCCAUUCAGAGUGUUAACAACAUCACGAUAGACGGCCGCUUGGUUAAAUCCAGUCUUGGCACCACCAAAUAUUGUUCCCAUUUUAUGAAAAAUCAGUCGUGUCCUAAACCAGAUUGCAUGUAUCUGCACGACUUUGGGGACCCAGAGGCCAGUUUCACCAAAGAGCAGAUGCACGCUGGUAAGCAUCAAGAGUAUGAAAAGAAGUUGCACGAAGCAUUGCUGGCGAAGAUAGUUGUUCAAGGGAGCCAACAGCAAGGAGACACAGGCAGUGGCAAGCCUGCGAAGAGUAAAGACCACUCGACUUCGUCUUCGAUGAAUAACCAUAAUAACAACAACAACAACAGUAAUAAUAAAGAGGGGUGGCCUCAUUUAAAUAAUCCGCAACCGGGCGACAGUAGCACGAGUAAAGGGGCAAAAACGUCUGAUAAAAGGGGAGACAAACAAGGCGAGAGUGCGACAAAUAGUAUUAGUAACAGCGGAAAGGAAAAAGGACAGAAAAGCCGGGGCAAAUCGAAAAAUAAUAACAAUGACAGUAGCAGGAAAGAUAGAGGGAAGGGGUGUGAGUCGGGGGGGUGCCAAGGGCAGAACGACAGGCAAGGGCGGGGUCCUGGAAAGAGUAGAUCACAGGAGAGAGAUAGACACAGCGGACGGGGGGACGAAAAUAAAAUUAAAGGUGCCGACAAAACUAACAACAGCAGUCGCGAGGCAAGCGUGGGUCGGGAUAGUAGUAACAGCAGUAGUUCGAGCGAAAAAAGUCACACGACGUCGGAAUCGAUAGGGGUGGCGGCUAAAUUACAAAUAGUAAACGAGAAUUCGAGUUUCUUCUCCCAGAAUGUGUUUCAAAAGUUGUCACCGGCUGAAAGCGACCACAGCAGUAGCGGCACCGGAAGUCUGGGCGGCGUCGUUCCGGUAGAUCAGGAUGUCGAAGACGAAGAUGAGAGUAACGGCCUUUUAUCUCACAAUAACAGUCGUAACUUAUUGGAGUCGGCAGGCAGAAUACCACCGUCUUCUGUGGUGAAUUCGUCUACGUCUCACAUUCUCAACGAUUCGUUGCCGAACAUUGACAGUAGCGAGGAUUGGGAGGCGGCUUUUGGAUUCUCGAAGAAUAACAACGUGAAUGAAAACGAGGAGAAAAGACGAAAGGAGAUGCUUAGCGGUCCUUUUGGGAAUGGUAGUAACGGUUACAUUAGUUUCCUGGGACAUCAACAGCCGCAAACACUGUUUGGGGGUCACGAUUCGGCUGCAGCCGCCUCCACAUUGUUGCAGAAUUCAUUCGACACGACGAAAUUGCAUGAAAGCAUCCUCGAUGUUUUGAAUAACAAAAAUCAUUUCUUUAGUAAUUCGUACUCAAAAACAGAAGACCGCCUGGGUGGUGCUGGUCACCCUCUUCCUCAUCUCAAUUCCCACCAUUCUGUUCAACAGCACCAGCACCCACAUUUCGCUCCUCCAAACGGCCUGAACGGUAUUAACGGCCUCGAUCAGCAGAUGUCGAAGUUUUUCACAGAUUUCUGCACAAAAAAUAGUCAAAAUGGCCUUCUGCCUAAUGGCCUUUCCUCUUCAUCGUCUCCUUCGGCAAAUUCAAAUGGUUUCGUCGGCCCCCAGAACGGCCCGCAUCCCCAUACAAGCAACAGCCACCACGGCCACAACGGUUUUCUCCACAGUCUGGCCGAUCGCCACAAUUUUCUCGUCAUGCAGCAGAAACAGAUUGAGGAACAGCUCCUUACACUUAAGCAACAGCAACAAUCGUACGGGCAACAGUUGUUGCAGCAACAUAACGGUUUAGCGCCACCUCCAUCAGCCCCUUUUCUAAGCGGGGACGUGUUGGGAGGAUCUACAACCGCGGUGACAAAUAGUGGAGGCGUAUUUGGUUCGAUGAAUCUAUACCAUCAUCACAAUCAACAACAACCACCACAACAUAAUAGUCACCACAACAGUAGCAAUCAGCAUCACCAAAUUGGUGCUGGCAGCGGGGGUGGAGGUGGGAAACAACAGAAUAAUAGCAGCAACAGAUCGGCGGAAGACGAGCUGGACUUUGAUCCGUUCCACGAAACGCAAAAGGCCUUAGCCGAACUUAUAGAGAAUGAACAAAAUGGAAAAAUGCACGGAACAAUAAAUCGUUCGAGUGUACCUUCCAGUCAAAUUAACGGGUUAGUGCAUAGUCAAAAUGGUGGCAGUGCUCAUGUUCCGCCGCCGCCACCUGGUUUUGUACAGCCAACAAAUCACAUGAACUCGUUCGGUAGUAAAAUUUUACCAUAUUUAAAUAUGAAUAGUAGCCAACACCAACCAAUUAACGGUACCACAACGCAAAACAACUGGCCUGCUAGUUACAAUCCAGCACAACAACAGAAAGGUUUAGGUAAUUGUAACGAUUGGAAAGUGUUGGAUCCAGCGAUUGUUUCGUCAAGUCGUCACUUUCCGUUGGCCAACAUGCAUAUGCGGGAUCAGUAUACCAGUCAGUUACAACAGCCCCAACACCUACAAAGCGGUCUGGGCGGGGGCCCAAUGCGUUCGUUCGACUAUGCGAAUUUCGCUAACAGCCCACAACAGCAACAGUUACAGGCCGCAGCCUCGAGCGCCUUCAGCAACUUCUCCCACUUGACCAACAGCGUCCAACAAAACCUGAAUUGGCUCGCGGGUAGCGCCGAAUUAGGCACACAAAUAUCUAGUCCUCCUGGGUUCAGAACCACCGCGGCAGGGGGACCAGUCGUCGGGAAAACGCAACAGGAAUGUUAUCAGUCAAUAUUUAUCAAGUUUUAUCAGUAUACAUGUAAAAUAAAUAAUUUUGUUGACAUAAAAUUGCAUGAAAGCAUCCUCGAUGUUUUGAAUAACAAAAAUCAUUUCUUUAGUAAUUCGUACUCAAAAACAGAAGACCGCCUGGGUGGUGCUGGUCACCCUCUUCCUCAUCUCAAUUCCCACCAUUCUGUUCAACAGCACCAGCACCCACAUUUCGCUCCUCCAAACGGCCUGAACGGUAUUAACGGCCUCGAUCAGCAGAUGUCGAAGUUUUUCACAGAUUUCUGCACAAAAAAUAGUCAAAAUGGCCUUCUGCCUAAUGGCCUUUCCUCUUCAUCGUCUCCUUCGGCAAAUUCAAAUGGUUUCGUCGGCCCCCAGAACGGCCCGCAUCCCCAUACAAGCAACAGCCACCACGGCCACAACGGUUUUCUCCACAGUCUGGCCGAUCGCCACAAUUUUCUCGUCAUGCAGCAGAAACAGAUUGAGGAACAGCUCCUUACACUUAAGCAACAGCAACAAUCGUACGGGCAACAGUUGUUGCAGCAACAUAACGGUUUAGCGCCACCUCCAUCAGCCCCUUUUCUAAGCGGGGACGUGUUGGGAGGAUCUACAACCGCGGUGACAAAUAGUGGAGGCGUAUUUGGUUCGAUGAAUCUAUACCAUCAUCACAAUCAACAACAACCACCACAACAUAAUAGUCACCACAACAGUAGCAAUCAGCAUCACCAAAUUGGUGCUGGCAGCGGGGGUGGAGGUGGGAAACAACAGAAUAAUAGCAGCAACAGAUCGGCGGAAGACGAGCUGGACUUUGAUCCGUUCCACGAAACGCAAAAGGCCUUAGCCGAACUUAUAGAGAAUGAACAAAAUGGAAAAAUGCACGGAACAAUAAAUCGUUCGAGUGUACCUUCCAGUCAAAUUAACGGGUUAGUGCAUAGUCAAAAUGGUGGCAGUGCUCAUGUUCCGCCGCCGCCACCUGGUUUUGUACAGCCAACAAAUCACAUGAACUCGUUCGGUAGUAAAAUUUUACCAUAUUUAAAUAUGAAUAGUAGCCAACACCAACCAAUUAACGGUACCACAACGCAAAACAACUGGCCUGCUAGUUACAAUCCAGCACAACAACAGAAAGGUUUAGGUAAUUGUAACGAUUGGAAAGUGUUGGAUCCAGCGAUUGUUUCGUCAAGUCGUCACUUUCCGUUGGCCAACAUGCAUAUGCGGGAUCAGUAUACCAGUCAGUUACAACAGCCCCAACACCUACAAAGCGGUCUGGGCGGGGGCCCAAUGCGUUCGUUCGACUAUGCGAAUUUCGCUAACAGCCCACAACAGCAACAGUUACAGGCCGCAGCCUCGAGCGCCUUCAGCAACUUCUCCCACUUGACCAACAGCGUCCAACAAAACCUGAAUUGGCUCGCGGGUAGCGCCGAAUUAGGCACACAAAUAUCUAGUCCUCCUGGGUUCAGAACCACCGCGGCAGGGGGACCAGUCGUCGGGAAAACGCAACAGGAAUGUUAGUGCAUAUGGGGCGUUGCCAGUUGCUGCUAAUGCGCGCUACGCAUUUCGCGUAGGACAACACGCGCACAAAAUCUUUUCUUUCAUUACACACGGAAACGCAGCUGAAGACACGUAGAUGAUCAUUAUCUUUUUUUCUUAAUUUUUAUUAAUUUGCGACUACGGUACGUUCACGGCCAUCGUCUUAUUAUUAUUAUAAAUAUAAUUAUAUUAUUCGAUAACGCAACGAGCAACGCACUAGAAAUUGUUGUAUUUAUUUAUGUUUUAUCUUUAUUAAAAAUUGAAUGCUAUUUAACAAUUAUAUUAUUUAGUUAUUGUGGCGUGUUUUAUUAAAAGUUGAGGGUUGGGAAUCGUCGUUUUGAUAAUAUGUAAAGGCACGGCGCGUUUAGGGUACGAAUCAAAACGUUUUGAGGGAGUUUAAAAAUUGUUCUAACGAUACAACACGAUGGAAGGUGAUUUUGAUCCAAGGCAAGCAAUUUUUUAUUUUUGGGAGACCUUGGCGUGCCAUUUAAAUUGCUCUGAUCGUGAUUUUUUUCAUUUUUAAUUUUUUUUUUCAUUUUGCUUGUGGAUCAAAACUGCUCACAUAAAAGAAUUACUGGACUUUGUAACGAAAGGAAAGAUUUAAUGUACUGACAAUUACUACACCCAGUAUGUGAUGGGAAGUUGCUGUCUAUUUAAAGGAAGAAAAAUGAUUGUUAUUGAUUUUAUCGAAACUGGGUGCUUGGCGAAUUAAAAAAGUAUAUAAAACUUGCGUUAAAAGCGAAUAAUUAUUCGAUUAUACAUGAUGAUUAUGUCAAAUGAACAGCUAAUUACGAAAUAUACUACAUUAUGAUUAUUUA